UUCCUAGGGUAUUUAACAAAACUUUUUGGUUUUACUAUAAAGAUGCCUACAAAUUACAAGCGCAAGAGUAACCGGCAGUCAAGGACCGCUCAGCAGUUGGAACAAGCCAUUAAGGCUGUAAGAAGUGGAUCGCCGGUGAAGACAGCAGCAAGAAGUUACGCAAUUCCAAGAUCCACACUGAUUCACCACCUCACAAGUCCAACUGUAUCAACUCGGCUAGGACCUCUUGAUUCCGUAUUCAAUUCUCAACAAGAAGAGGAACUGGUACAACAUAUGUUGCCAAAUCCCACAUUGUCGUUCCGUAAACCUGAAGCUACCUCUGCCGCCCGAGCCAGAGGCUUCAAUAAGCCAGCAGUAUCUGCGUUUUACGAUUUGCUGGAAGAAGCGCUGAAAGAUCCCAAAUUGACGCCAGAUCGUGUUUUGAACGCCGAUGAGACUAGUGUUCCUCCGAAGAAGUCUAAGGUAGCGGCAUUGAAAGGCAAAAAACAGGUUGGUGGUAUUACAUCUGCGGAACGCGGAGAAACAGCUACGGCAGUAAUGUGCAUGUCCGCAACCGGACAGCACUAUCCGCCGUUCUUCAUUUUUCUUCGCAUGCGAAUGCACGAAGUUUUGAAGAAAGGGGCAUCACGUGGAAGCAAAUUUGCCUGUAAUGCAUCGGGUUACAUGACGGUCGAAAUAUUCAAUGAGUGGUUCGAUCACUUUUUGGAGCAUGUAAAACCUUCUGAGAACAGUCCUGCCUUGCUCAUAAUUGAUGGCCUGCCUUGCUCAUAAUUGAUGGCCACUCGUCGCACACGAAGAACCUAGCUUUUACCGAGAAAGCUAGAGCUAACUUUGUUAAGGUUCUAGUUUUACCACCUCACACUAGCAACAAACUUCAACCGCUUGAUGUAUCCUUUAUGGCACCUUUCAAGACGUACUACGCACAGGAAGUAGAGCGUUUCCUACAACAGAAUCCAGGUAAAGUCAUCAGCCAAUAUGACGUUGCCGAGCUCAUGAAACCUACAUUCUUCAAGGCGGCCACUACGGAAAUUGCUGAGAGUGGGUUCGAAAAAACAGGAAUUUGGCCAUUUGAACGCAAUAUUUUUUCCGAUGAUGACUUUGCCCCGGCCACGGUGACUGAUCAAUCCGAUCCUGAGAUUCUUCGUGAAGAAGACAUCCCGAAGACAUCAUGGCUGAUUUCGCAGAACCGGACAGCAUCUCAACGGCCAAUAACCCGGUGUUCAUACUUCCGUUACCGAAAAUGGUCACCCCGAGAGUCACGAAGAGAAAACGCCAAGCAGAAAAGGCAGAUGACAUAACGUCUGCUCAAUACGCUGACACUUUGAAGAAGGCGAAAGCAUCGAAAGACAUUAAAUCCAUCAAAAAAGAACAAAAACAACGCUCUUCGAAGAAGCCUAAGCAAAAUCAGGGCAAAGGGGACACCUCAUCUGAUAAUCUAUGCGAGAAAUGCGGAAGCCAGUUUUCUGAUUCAGAUUUCGGGACAGGUUGGACAAUAUGCUUACAAUGCCUUUCAUGGUUCCACGCUGAAUGCUUUACUUCUGCUGCAACUAUUUGUCAGAACUGCUCUUGAUUCUUCUUUUUUUCUUAUUUUUUUA